UAUGGUCAAUUGAUUACGAUACUCAUUCUAUAUAUAAGAAAACUUUCCAAUGGUUAUACAUAAACAGACGAAGAAACUGUGAAUUGCAAGGUCUAAAUAUGACGAAUAAUGAAACCUGCCGUGUGUGGUCACGUAUAGAACGCCAAAGGAGAGAUGGCAGUGUUAUAAAAUUACGAUUCCAAGAGCCACCACCUUCUGUCAUGGGAAAUGUAAUAGACUUUUUAGCAGAGUAUUUCACAAAGGAUGAAACUUUCAAUAAGGCAGCAGGAGUAUGCUCUAAUCCUGAGGCUAUGGCGGAAUUUAGACUACUUUUAAAAGAUAUGACGCCUUCACCGAUAGUCAUUUGCUGCCAUGAUAAUGAUACUGAAGAGAUUGAAGAAAUCAUUGGUGUCUCCGUAGCUGACGUUGUAAAAGAUAUUAAAGAUCAAUUAGAUGAUUUUAAGUUACAGACAAAGGAACUUGAAACUGCAGUGAAUUUGCUGAUUGAGUGCGAAAAAUUAGCUGAAGAUGUAACUAAAGAAUUCAAAGCUCACUUGGCUGGAAGAGUAAUGACUGUACACCCUAACUAUAGAGGUCUUGGUAUCGCAAGCGAAUUUGUUAAGAUAAGACGAUUAUUAAUGAUUGAUCAAAAUUUACCAUUGACUUGUUCCUGGAUGACGGCGUAUGGUAGUCAAAAAGCAGCUGAAAAAGACAACUGGGAGACUUUGUUCGAAGUAAAAACUGAAGAAUUAGCAAAGAAAUCUGGCGUUGUAUUUGGAGAUUCACCGCCUACAAUAAAAUUAAUGACAUUUAGAAAUCCUAAAUGAUCGCUGUGUGUUGCGUAAUUAUUACUUAGCUUUUCGUUUAUUAUUUUCAUUUUCAUUAAAGACAUUUA